AUGGACAGCUUGCUUCAACCUGCUAGUGUCAACCAAAACGAUGUCUCCAAGUAUCUGAAGAAGAUGAAAGAGGAUCAGAAGAAGCACCAUGACCGACAUGCUAGCAGCGAAUUGAAGGAACUACAGCCGGGAAUGACAGUGCGAAUGCAGCCCUGGACCGACUUCAGAGAGUGGAAACCAGCAACAGUAGUCAGACAUCAUCACACACCAAGGUCCUAUGUGGUUCAAGCAGAUGAUGGCAGAAACUAUCGUCGCAACAGGCAGCAUCUGCGAGUUUGCCCAGCCCCAGAACCUAGAAGUUUAAAUGCAGAGCGGUCUCUUGACGGUAGUGCACACCACAACUUGCCCAAGGACCAGACUAAGCAGCCAGCCCCACCAGUCUCACCUGUAAUUCCACCUCCGUGGCAACACCACAACCCUGAACCACCUGGGGGGGGGGGACAGUUCAGAGGCUUAUGUUACCCGAAAUGGCAGACAAGUACUCAAACCAAAACGGUUGGACCUCUAGACACAAUCAGAGACUAAAAACUUUUUUUUCUAUUUAGCUUUUUUUUUCAUUUGAAAUCCAAGCACUGAGACAUUAUUAUUAUUAUUAUUAUUAUUAUUUUCUUUUUAAAAGGGAAAGGAUGUGACAUAAAUACGUAG